AGCAACUAGCAACCAGUCGUAGAUCGACAGACCAGAGCCACGAGACCAUCUUGUGACUGUGUAUAUUUACAACCUCAUCAUACUUCUCUUCCCAUUGAGACUUCCUUUCAGGAAAGGUGUCUUCCCUGUCAAAUCCCCCUUUGACGUCAAGAGACAGCCGCUAGAUCUCCCUCCUGAACUCUUGUAGAACUCGACCACAACAUUAGCCUUUCUUUUUCGAGCGGGUGUGCCGACAAACAUCCAAGACCCAAUUCAAGAAUGUCGCAGUCAAGCAGUUCCCGCGAUACCAUGGGAGAGUCAUCUUCAUCUACUCCCGAGAUUUCUAGCGCUGGCCGCCUGAUAUCCCAUUUUGAGGACAAAGAACGGUCACACGACCCCGAAUCAUUACGGGAGCGAAAACAAGACAGAGAAGAUUAUGAGCUGUCUGAGUUUGACUCUUCUUCCGAGGAAGAGUCCCACAGCUUACUACCAUACCAUCUUCUACCAUUUGGGAAAGGCAAGAAAUCGGGUCAUUGGGCACUGUCCGAGAGGCCCGUCAGGCGCCUCCGCCCAAUGAUUCUGUCAUUCGGCGCCUUCACCAUAAUCGGUAUACUUGUGACCGCGUAUCUGUUUUUGGGUGAAUCCAUACCUUACGAAUCCUUUUCCCCGGCGCCAAAUGCUGCAAAUCUGAGCCUAUCAGACCCCCUAGACAACGAAAGUGCCGAUUCUCAGUCAUGGAAAUUCAUGGCUAAGAGUCUCAAAUCCGAUCCCACGCAUAUUGUGAUUCCCGCUCAUGAAGCGCCGUCGAUUGCAUUACUUGAACCACUGCAUGACCGAUUACCCUAUUCAAUGCUUUCACAAUACUUCUCCUCCGGUCGAUUACCGUCUUCAGUUUCGCCGUCCAAUGUACCUCCGCAACGCCCUCUUGACCUCGUAUAUCUAUUCGUGAAUGCCUCGUCUCCGUAUUGGUUCCGAGAGAUGGAGGCGCGCGCGGUCUUGGAAGAUGUCAAGGUCGGCAAAGGAUCCGGCAGAUCACGUCACUGGAGAGAUAACGGCGAGCUUCGAGCCGCGGUGCGAUCCGGUGUAAAGGCCUUGGGUGACGAAGCUGGUCGGGUACAUGUUGUGACCGCCGACUGGCCAGUACGAGAGGAAGACACUGAGCUUCAAGUGGAAGCUGGGAAAUGGAGAAUAGGGCAAAUUGCGGAAUGGUUGGAUUGGGACAGCCAGAAAAGAGAGGGGAGACUAAAGUGGCACUUUCAUUCCGAAAUCUUCCAACUACCCAAAGACGGAGGAGUUGUGGACCUGGGAAGGUCAGUGCCCAGGAACGAACGGGCGGAGGAUGAGAAAGGUACCCAGACCUGGAAUAAAUGGCAAAGUGAGGAAGCGUGGAGAAACGAGUCCCUUCCUAGUUUCAAUUCGUUUGGCAUCGAGCAGCGUCUGGCAUGGGUCGAAGGCUUGUCUGAGAACUAUGUCUCCUUCAAUGAUGACAUGUUCCUCCUACGACCACUCUCAACUUCUGACUUCCGACAUCCUCUAGCUGGGAACCUCGUCCGUUUUGAUCCCGGGUUACUCGUACCUGAAGUCAUGACUCCGGACCAGCUUUCUGACCCAGGAGAGUGGGGUGCUCUUCAACACGCUAACCAGCUGCUAUCCGCCCGCUUUUCGGCCCACAAGCGCUUCUACAUGCACCAUCUCCCAAAAACCCAAUCAAGAACUAUUUUGCAUGAAGCCAGUAUCAUGUGGUCCCCCCAACUUAGCACAGCGAGCACCAGGGGGUUCAGAGAGAGCAAGCGUGGUGAAGGUGAUGUGGAGAUGGCGUGGUUGAUAACCCAUCUGAGAGUAGAGAGAUGGAGAGAAGCACUUCUUUGGAGUUGGAUUGUAGCAAAGCUGGGCCGCGAGGAGGAUGUUUGGGAAGAAAAUGAAAAGAGAGAGAUGAAAAAGGUCUUGGGAAUGACUUCCAGCCAAGGAGAGGAGAUUGAAAAGGCGGAAAUUACAAGGGGAACUAGAUCAACCUUGAGUGAUCUGGACGCCCUGACGGAGGCUGCUGGUUGGGAAGGACCGAAAGCUACUGAUUAUCAUUUUUCUUCUAUGGAUGGACAUCUCUCAUCAUCGCCCGACGACCCCGCGUCAGGAGCUCAAUGCACCUUCCAUUUCAGCACCUGUCUACCUGCCAACUUUUUCGACUCAUCGACUUCUUUCUCAGCUUCCAGUAUGUUCACGCGUCUUGCCUUCGAACGUCCUGAAUGUGGCGAUUGCCUCAUCACUGCUUUAAUUAAAGCUUCCGGUAGACGCGGUCUCUCAGCAUUUCUUCCUGAGGAGGAUCAGGUAUUCUACCCAGAACAGGAAGAAGAGAAGGGCAUGUGGAAGAGGAGUGAACCUACACUUCCAUUAGUUAGUUCAUGGAAGGAUGGAGACUUCAGUUUGAGAGCGAAUGUAAAGGCCGGACAAGAUGUUUGGGAUGGUUUUGAGGCCAGGGAAGAUGGUGGAGUUAGUUUGAGGGCUUGGUGUAUAAAAUUAUUGUCACGAUAUAAUUACGUCUAUGGCUCUACACCAUCUCGCUUUACCCCUGUUCACUCAUUCUACCAACUCUCCUCCGCUUUGGAGUCGGUUGACAAUACCCCUGAGGUAGCCAUGCUCUGUAUUAAUGAUGACCAGGCAGACUCUGGUUCGGAUAAGUCGAGACAGAAAUUUGGAACUUGGAUGGAAGGUCGAUGGGGAGGGGUUAUACAGGGUGUCGACUGGGAGAGGCCUAAUGUGAGCUGGGUUGAUUGAUCGAUCUUGUCAUUCGCCGGAAAUCUUGUCAAUCAUGGGUGGCUGAAGGAAAGAGGAAGAGAAGCAUACCUUGCAUUACUGCAUAGACAACUUAUCGCUUUUUGUAGAAUCAAACGCUAUAUCUGAUGUGUGUACAACAUGAUCUCUUAUGUAGACAUAAAAUGUGACAACACUUCCAC